GUUUGUUUAGUUACCGGAAGUAAGAUCAAGACAAAAUGCCUGGAUUCGAGAGAAACGAAGCAGGGAAGCUGUUUGUUGGAGGAUUAAGCUGGGACACAUCUAAAGACAGCUUGUUGCAGUACUUCAGUCAAUAUGGUGAAGUGGUUGACUGUAUUGUUAUGAAGAACCAGGAGACAGGCAAGUCUCGGGGGUUUGGAUUUGUGACAUAUGGUGACCCGUCAUGUGUGGAGGUGGUCCUGUCAGUUCCGGCACACAUUGUAGAUGGUAGACAGGUUGAUCCCAAAGCGUGCAAUCCUAAAGGACAGCAACGAGGUGGGAUGGGAGGGGGUGGGGGACCAAACCAAAUGCCAAUGGGGGACGGGAACAACAGGAAUAACAGGGGUCCACGUGGUGGAAACUCGCGGGGAGGUGGUGGAGGAGACCGGAAGGUCUUUCUUGGUGGACUUCCAAAUCAGGCAGAUGAGAGCGCAAUCAGAAACUUCUUUGGCAAAUAUGGCAAGGUGACUGAUGUGACAGUAAUGUACGACAGCGUGAAGCAGAGAUCCAGAGGAUUUGGCUUCCUGACGUUUGAAACUGAAGAUGCUGUCAACGCUGUUUGCAGGGAGCAUUUUAUAAACUUCAAUGGCAAAAAGGUUGAGUGUAAGCGGGCGACCCCAAGAGACCGUAAUGACCAGGAUGACAUGCCCGGGCCCCACCCAGGCAUCAUGCAGCAGGUUGAGAUGGGCAUCCAUGGGGGACCCCCGCCACACCACAUGGGAGGCCCUGACCCUCACUGGGGAGGCCAGGAGCAACAGUGGAAUCAGCAGGUGCACCAGCCCCAAUCACAGAGCCCCCCUGGGGCACAGUUCCCUCCUCCAGGCAUGCAGUUCCAGCAGUCACCCUACCAGGGGGACCAGAGCCCAGCAGUACCCCCAGCAUGGGCCCAGCAACCACCACCGCAGGGUGCAGCAGCAGGCUGGCCCCCCGGAUCAGGUCCACAGGCUGUCCAGCAGGCAGGGGCUCCCCCUGUGUCUGCAGCUUUCAUGCAGGCCUCCCCAUACACCAGCCAGCAAGCAUUCCAGCCCCCACCGGGCACUCAAAUUUACCAGUAUGCCGCCUCUCCCCCUGGAACCGCACAGCCACCACCUGCUAAUGGCCAAGUGCCACCUCCUGUGCAGCCUACAGCAACCACUCUUGGUUACACCUCUUCCACAUAUGCCUCGCCUGCACAGAGUGCUGUAGCAGGGGCCAGACCAGGAUACCAGGACUAUGCUGCAGCUCAUGUACAAGUAGGCACAACACUGGGAUCAGUACCUGGCACACCGUCAUCUGCAACUGCAGCGUCUGCCUACUACCAGAGCCCGUACGGGGCCCAGGUACCAGCUGGUUCGGCAGUGGCUGGGGUGCCUGACCCCUACGCUCAGACAGGGGUUGCCCCACCCCCAACCUCAAUACAGCUAGCUGGCGCACCCGCAGGAGGCACGGCGUAUGGCAGUCCCCCAGCAGCGGUAGCCCCUGGCCAGGUGAUACCAGGCUCGGCCGAUCCAUCUGCAGCCCAAAAACAAGCCAUUGACUACUCUGCAUACUACAGUGCUUACGGUUACAGUGUUGAUGGAGCCCCAGGGGGUACAACAGCGGCCUAUGGUUCCACACCUGCCCCUGCCCAGGCACCCACUGCUGCUCCUACCCAGCCGGGAUAUGGAAGCCCUGAGCCUGCCCCAGUGGCGUACAGUGGUGCUCCAGGGCCCUCACCUACUUUCCAGAGACAGGGCUCAGCACAGGGAUACCACCCAUAUGCCCGAAGAUAGACAGUUGCAGACUAGUGCUGGAUCUGAAUUGUGUUUAUUGUUUGCUUGUAACAAUGUCACAAUAUGUACAGAACUACUUUUGGCAGCAAAAAGUCUUUAAAUCAUAAGGUUAAAAAAGUGUUGCAAUAUAAGUUUGCCCCAUUUGAAAGAUUUUAACCUUUGGUUUUAUGUAUAUUUACAUUGUCCUGGAGUAGAUUUUAUGAUUAAAAUGAUCGACCGUGUCUAGUCUUAGAGCACAUCUAAUAGCCUUUUCGUGUUUUUUCUUUGAUGAAAAAAUACAGUAUUUAGUAUCCAGACAUGUAUAUUACAUGUGUUUUGUGACCGUUGAUGAUAUUGGUAAUGUAUUGUUGAUGGUGCUUCGUGCCGAGGAGUCACUGAAAGACGAUUAGCUGUUGUAAUUUCCCAAGGUAUUUUUCGUGAGUCAUUCUUCACGCUUCCCUCAAGAAUUUUCUUUCAUCCUUAUAUGCUCUCCCAUUUCAAUCAUCAUUUCAUAGAAUAAAUUCAUAGUGAUUA